AGGGUCUAUUGUGUGAUUCUGAGGUGAAGUAGAGCUUUUGUUAUUGUGUUCAUCUCUGAGAAAUCUCCAAGCUCAAACCCAGUGAGUCCGAGCGCUCAGCGGCCGUGCACGCGCUCUCCGUGACGUCACCGCUGCGAGGAGGGCGCGCGAGCACGAGCAGGAGGAGGAGGAAGGUACCGAGGAGGAGAGGCUCGUGCCCGCGAGCAUCGAUGACAUCAACGAGCUGAAGAUCCUGCGAGGCUUCUGGGAAUGGAGAUCCGUGUUUCUGCUGAGAGCGGAGUAUGAGGCUCGAGUCCCGAUGCGCGGCACCUUCCCGCAGGAAUACCGGAUCAGACCACUGAGGAUUAUGAAAACCAGGACAUGAAGCUCAAACACAUCUAGAAAAAAGAGAAGCGAGUGCGUGUCUGGACGAGGGAGAAGCGUCGAGGGUCAUGGCUGUGCGGGUCGAUAGAGGUCCACUCCUCUUCUUCUUCUUCUUCUUCUUCUUCUUCGUCUGCCAGAACUCCUGCGACGCCUUGACGGCUCCUCAGUUCGUCAAGGUCCCGAUGGAUCAGAUCGGCGUGUCCGGUGGAGUCGUGUCCUUCGUGUGUCAGGCCACAGGAGACCCCAAGCCUCAGGUGUUCUGGAACAAGAAGGGCAAGAAAGUGAAUUCACAGAGAAUAGAGACCAUCGAGUUUGACGAAGGGGCGGGGGCAGUGCUUCGCAUCCAGCCACUCAGAGCGCCUCGUGACGAGAACGCCUACGAGUGCGUCGCCAAAAACACUGAAGGAGAAAUCACUAAGACCUCCACACUGUCCAUCAUCAGAGAGGACCUGCUGCCCAACGGGUUCCCCAGCAUCGACAUGGGCCCUCAGCUGAAGGUGGUGGAGAGAACCAGAACCGCCACCAUGCUGUGCGCCGCCAGCGGGAUCCCCGACCCCGAGAUCUCCUGGUUCAAGGACUUCCUCCCCGUGGAGCCGGCGCUCAGCCAAGGCCGAAUCAAGCAGCUGCGAUCAGGAGCGCUGCAGAUCGAGCGCAGUGAGGAGACGGAUCAGGGGAAGUACGAGUGCGUAGCUUCUAACGCUCAGGGCGUGCGCUACUCGUCCCCUGCUAACUUAUACGUGAGAGGUAUGAAACACAGUAGGUACUCCGUAGAUAAUACACUCUCUCUCUCUCUCUCUCACACACACACACACACACACACACACACACAGCGCAGACAGCUUCUUUAAUUACCCAGCAGCCUCUGCAGCACUGAUCAAACACAUCUCCCGAUAUAUACUGCGUUACGUUAUUAUUCUUUAUUAGUCUGGCGCGUCUGAAAACAUGCUCUAAGAACGCUUUGCUAACCGUCAACGGAAACUGAAAU